AUGUCUUUCGCUCUUACUACAUCCAUUCCAUGGCCAAAGAAUCUUCCGUCUGGUUGGACCUUGACGGGAAAGGUGUUAACUACCGAAUCAUCCACGGCCACAUAUCUGAUCCAGGUCAACAACGGUGGAGACACGGACUCUUUGUCUGCCACCGUAACCAUUGAGCCACAACACUCAGAGCACAAUUACGAUUCUGUUUACACAGAGACUUACAACAUAGACGAAGCUAAGCAUACAAACGUAGUCUCUCUUCACUGCGAAAUGAGCGAGAGAAUGCCUCAGGAAUGCACCAUCAGCAUCGGAGGACAUGACUCAACACAGGUCUCAUAUACAGCCGGCGCGACGGACGACAUGCUCACCGAAACUUUUGUUGAUGUUCCUAUGGUCAUCACGGGUGGUAUAGAGUAUCUCACUGGAAGUCCGUCAACCUCGGUUUCUGCCAGUGUUACUUCCGAUUCUCUAGCCGAGAAGGGCAAGCAAAGCAGCCCGACCGAUGUUGAUAUCACAAGUUACACGAGCAAGCCCACAUCUACACCAAGUCCUACGGUUUCCGUGAGCGAGUCUGAGCCUACAUCAGGCGCACCGUCAAGCCCAAGAAAUGUCUUGAAGUCUAUGGCAUUGUCUGCAGUCGCAAUACUGGCUGUUGUGCUAUGA